GGAUAGGGCGCACCUCGGUCCACAGCCAAGAUAACUUACCUACUACCGCUUCACCGUAAGCUAAAUGCUAAACCUUAGCCAGUCGGAAGUGACGUGCAACACGGCCUCUCAGUUAUAAUGGCAGAGACAAGUCUGUUAGAGGCUGGAGCCUCUGCAGCCUCCACAGCCGCUGCUCUGGAGAACUUGCAGGUAGAGGCAAGCUGUUCUGUGUGCCUGGAGUACCUGAAGGAGCCGGUUAUCAUUGAAUGUGGGCACAACUUCUGCAAAGCGUGUAUUACCCGCUGGUGGGAGGACCUAGAGCGGGACUUCCCUUGCCCUGUCUGUCGGAAGACAUCCCGAUACCGGAGCCUCAGGCCUAACCGACAGCUAGGCAGCAUGGUGGAAAUAGCCAAGCAGCUCCAGACGGUCAAGCGGAAGAUCAGAGACGAAAGCCUCUGCUCCCAGCACCAUGAACCCCUUAGCCUUUUCUGCUACGAAGACCAGGAGGCUGUCUGUCUGAUAUGUGCAAUUUCCCAUACCCACCGGGCCCAUACGGUCGUGCCGAUGGACGAUGCUACACAGGAGUACAAGGAGAAACUUCAGAAGUGCCUGGAGCCCCUGGAACAGAAGCUGCAGGAGAUCACCUGCUGCAAAGCCUCAGAAGAAAGGAAACCAGGGGAACUCAAGAGACUGGUAGAGAGCCGCCGGCAGCAGAUCCUAAAGGAGUUUGAGGAGCUGCACAGGCGACUGGACGAGGAACAGCAGACGCUGCUCUCCCGGCUGGAGGAGGAAGAACAGGACAUUCUACAGAGACUUCGAGAAAACGCUGCUCACCUUGGGGAUAGGCGCCGGGACCUUGCCCACUUAGCUGCUGAGGUGGAGGGCAAGUGCUUACAGUCAGGCUUCGAGAUGCUUAAGGAUGUGAAAAGUACCCUAGAAAAAUGUGAGAAGGUGAAGACCAUGGAGGUGACUUCAGUAUCUAUAGAGCUGGAAAAGAACUUCAGCCAUUUCCCCCGGCAGUACUUUGCCCUAAGGAAAAUUCUUAAACAGCUAAUUGCGGAUGUGACCCUGGACCCUGAGACGGCUCAUCCUAACCUUGUCCUGUCAGAGGAUCGGAAAAGUGUCAAGUUUGUGGAGACAAGACUCCGAGACCUCCCUGACACACCACAGCGUUUCACUUUCUACCCUUGUGUCUUAGCUACUGAAGGCUUCACCUCAGGUCGACACUACUGGGAGGUGGAGGUGGGUGACAAGACCCACUGGGCAGUAGGAGUAUGCCGGGACUCUGUGAGCAGGAAGGGUGAACUGACUCCACUCCCGGAGACUGGCUACUGGCGUGUUCGGCUGUGGAAUGGGGACAAGUAUGCAGCCACCACCACGCCUUUUACCCCUUUGCACAUCAAGGUGAAACCUAAGCGGGUAGGCAUAUUCCUAGACUAUGAGGCUGGCACACUGUCUUUUUACAACGUCACAGACCGCUCACAUAUCUACACCUUCACUGAUACUUUCACUGAAAAACUUUGGCCCCUCUUCUACCCAGGGAUCCGAGCCGGUCGGAAGAAUGCUGCACCACUUACCAUCAGACCCCCAACGGAUUGGGAAUGACAAGAGAUGCAGUUGAAUUGGGGUGAGGCAGGGUCAAGAGCAGCGGGCCUUCCUAACUGGCCCACUGGAAAACCUUGGUGUCUGCGUGGUUCCAGUCUUGAGCCAUCUUGAGAAACCACCUCGUCUGUGGGAUGGUUUGUGUGAAGGAGAAAGAUAGGACUGGGCUGCAUGACCAAGCACAGAUGUGUCUCCCUCCUAACUAGUGGGAGUGUGGACUCCCAGGGUCCAGGUUUCCUAGUGCACAAGGACAGGUUGAGAAAGAAAAGGCUUUUCCAGAAACCAAGUCUAUUGGAAAGGGUCUUAAUUUGCUUAAAAUGCAGGGAACAGAAACCUUUAAAAGGCUUCUAUGACUCAGAAUAGCCUUGUUCUUGUGGAAGUGCGUAGGGAUCUGUACACAUACCUCUGUGUGGAAGAUGAGUGGCAGUGGCUGUCAUGAGUCUAGGAGUUGAGGGGCUUUUCUGGGGGCAGAGAUUGAGCAUUAAAGUUAGGAGAGGAAUCAGGGAAAAGGCUGAAGGAGUGUUUCUAGAAAUGAAUGAAGGGAACGGGGAUUUCUUUGAUCUCUUUUCUUAGGGUAAUGUUAAUCAUUACCCUUAGGAUUAGCCAGAGGUUCAGAUCUGGGAGAAGGAAAGGGUGGGAAGAAAGGAGAAUCCGUGUCCCAAAGGCUUGGGUUAUUCCUGGUUCCUGCAGUUGGCUGUCUCUAAAAAGUAGGCUCCUCUCGUUCCCUUCUAAAGGUGAGAUGGAAGCGAUUCUGCAAGACACACAUCUGCCCUUCCAUUGUUCCCAAGGCAACUUGGAGAGGAGUCAGAUGUUAAAGGAGACAGAACGGUGUAGCCAAAGCUCUGGCCUUAAAGAAUGUUACUAAGUUGUCCACCUUGUCCCCUGGCUCAAAUGUCUAAGGAAAGAAGGGAAGAUAAUGGAGUCUUCCUCACCCCACGACAGCAGGGUAGAAGAGGGUGGUUUGUGUUACAAAGGGCCAGAUGACGGCUAAGCCUCUGUUUCCAUCCUCCACCCUUUGACAUUCCCCUUUUCAGAGAAUGUAAAUUAUCUUAAUUUUAGGCCAAAAUAAACGACCCAUAGGGUACAUAUUUUGUCACAAAAGGUAACGUGAUGCAUGCCAAACCAAACAGCCUGGAUUAUCUGCUGCCUGGGUAAUCUUCACACAAGACUGAGACAAGAAACUGCAUUGAGGGUAUUCAGUUCCUCCUACCACCUCAACAGGACUUUGUCCACUCUCCUCUUACCUUUGUGCCUUGACUGUGGUUCUUUGUGGCAAGAUAAUUUGGUUGGUGAAAAUAUGGAACAAAGGAUCCACUAAUGUGA